AUGCUUUUGGAAGCUGAUGAAGUGUGGGUCCCCGUAGAACGUUCGAGCUCCAUUAGUGGUGAGACCAGCAUACAACUGGAUGAUGUGGCCAGUGAUACUGUAGAAUCUCUUUCGAAACGCAUUCGUCUUGAUUAUGAACCUUGGCUCGUCGGUACAAAACAGUCGGUGUUGGUUCAUGAAACUCAGCCGACUUCAAGCACAAUUUCAGUUAUUCCGUUCUCUAGUAACACAGUGGAACCAGAUCCAGAUCAAUCACAUGAAUUAACCGUGUCUAUGAAUGAUGUGAUUUUUCAUAGUGAAUCUACCUCUGACAUGAGCGAAGAUAUCUUAUUGCAGCAAAACAUCAUUGAAACUUCAUACGAUAUAAACAACGUUGACGGUGUUCCAAAUGAAGAGUUAUGCAUUGGAGAAUCAGAAAAGUAUUCUCCAAACGUUCAAGAAGAUUCAAGAAAUAUAAACAUAUCAAAAAGCAAUAAAAGGUUCGCCUCAAGUGAACUGAAAUUUCGAUGUUUUCAAAUCAAUUGGAGUAAAAUAAGCGAUGUUGUACUUAACCGGCUUCAGGAUUUACAAAAGUUCCGAUAUGAAAACCCAAAUCAAUGUGCGCCUCGUUCCCUACAGCUUUCAAAAAGUGAUUGGAGCGGAGUUACGAAUUCGGUGGUAGAUCAGUUACGAACAAUUGACACAGAGAUUCAAGCAAGUGUAAUGGAAAAAGUAGCAAAAGCCAUUCUGGAUAAAUACCCUUGCCUAAACUUUCUGGACGAUGAUGGAUUUGAUACAGGAACCGGAUAUGUUUGGAUUAAACACAAAAUGUUAAACCGUAAUUCUUAUCUUAAUCGUUUUAAGAAAGAAGAUGACGAACCAACAUUAACUACAAUUUGUGUUCGUCAAUGUCGUAAUGUACGCGCUGGGACGAACAAGGAGUAUUGGGAGAGCUCGAGUAAACAUUGCAGUAAGGAUGUCUUAUCAACAUUGGCACGAAAUGAACCUGAAGUACUUACAACGGAUUUUUUGCAUAAUUCUCAAUCAUAUGUUCGUUAUCGUUUUGAUGAAGAUAAAUCACUGAAAGAUAUUUUGGCUGAUUUUCCCGUAUUGCGACGAAGACGUGUUUUGAAUUUCCAUUUCGAGUGCGCUACUGGUGUAUCCAUUAAUUCAUUGGCGCAAUAUUUUGCGUUGAAAAAAUCAAAAUUAAUCAACUACUCAAAUGUUGUACGAAAGAGUACUCGUUUGGAUACCACAGCUACGGAUGUCGAUAUUUUCAAGUUUCUGUGUAAUUUGCUAGAAGAAAAAUUUGAAGAUAGUGUAUUUUUUAAAGAGAUUGGUUCGAAAAUUGAUGGAAUAUCAAUCGAUUGUUCUGGUCCUGUGCUUGUGGCCGUAGAUUGUGGCAAUGAAAGGCGAAUUUUCUACGUAUUUGCUGAACAAGUACGAUUAAGUGAAGGAACUGAAAGUUUCAUAACAGCGAUAUCCGAUCUUCUAUCCGUACACUACGUGCAUAAUUUUAUGUACAUGCGUCAAAUCUCAAAGUUUCUGGAAUUUGUUCAGCAAUACUUUUUUAAAAUCAUUCCAUCAACUGGAUCGAAAUCGAACGCCACUCGGAAAAACAAUCAACAAACAGUAGUUAAAAAUGUCAUCAAAUCCAUUUCCGAAUUUUGUGCACCACUGAGAGAAAUAAAUCUUAAUAAUAAAUAA